AUGGGUCAAAAGCUGUGGUGUGUUGCUGCCCUUGCCAGCGUAUUGGUGGUGCUGCACAUCAGCUACCCAGCAAAGCGGUUUGACCUCCAUCGUGGCACACCGGAAGCACAUGGGCAAACCAGAGUGCCGCUGCAGACUUCAUCUUGUAGCAGCGUGGAGUUGUCGAGUGGGCAUCACAGCAGGUUCUUACCUCGAAGGGAACACAGUGCGGCGAAAGCAGGAUGGUUCCAGCUGGGGAUUUUGCAAAGUUGCUGCGCAAAAGAUCGGUGUCAGAAGAGCGGCGGAGAUAUUUUCCUGGCAUUUUUGGAUGGCCAAAAUUCGCCUCGCGCGCUGAUGCAGCCCUUGGUCCACGAUUUCGGGAAUGGUUACUAUGCUCUGCUAUUGCCCGAAGAUACACUGCUGCCCAGCGGCACCUAUCAGUUGGGCAUCUAUUUGCAUGAGGCCCUGAACCGCUCUGCUUAUCGCGAAGUUUCUGGCAAAGUGAUGCCCCUGGCAGAUCCCCAGGGGCAACAGGAUGUUUUGGAUGCCCUAGAUGUCCACCGAAGGGGCUCCAAGGAGCACGGAGAUCUACAAGCAGUGUACCUGCAGGUGGAGAAGCCUUUGGUGACCCCUAUCCAGGUGGAUUGGCAAUGGCCCGGGGGCAGCCUGAAACUUUGGAAAGCUGCAGUGGCCCAGCUGCCCGUUUGCGGCCCGCAGUUCUCGGCCUCGCGACGCCAGGGUGGCUUCUGGUUGCGCUUGGGCGGGAAACACCUUCCUUGCAAAGGCUUCGGUCGCAAAGGCUGUGGCGCUUUUGGCUUGCUCUUGCCGGACAGCGAGUUUCAUCACGUCUACCUGGAGCGCCGCUGUUAUUAUCCCCUGCGUGAUGACCGCAACCUCCAGAAGUGUCUUUUUAGGGACGACUUGAAAGUGCUGCUGCACGGUGAUUCCACCACCCAUGGACUCUUACAAGAAGCUCAAGGCAUGUGGAGCGAGGUGAAGCCUUUCAAAGAUGCCUUGAACAAGAGCGAGUCCUGCCGCUACAAUGCCAGUGGCCUAGGUGAAGGCGCCCCACAUGACAGAUGGACCAGUAAAUUUUGCAACUUUCGAGGAGAAUCCCUGCUGCAUGACGUGGUCCUGGAUGGUCGCGUCGUGGUGUCUUCACCCAAACAGUACUUCCGCAAACCCCGCUGUCACGGCUUGAAGAAUCUGCAGGAUGAGGAUGUCUUCCCACGCUUCAUCAAGAUGAUUCAGGAGUUUGAUGUGCUGGUGAUGCAUUCCUGUGACCAUGACAUGUGCAACCUGGACUUCGCCAAGCCUAGGCUCUUGGAAGAGUACCAAAGGAAUCUCAGGAAGUUCGCCAAUGUCAUGCGAAAGCAUGCCAGUGGCAAGCGAAUCAUUUGGUUGUCCUGUGCGGCACAGAGUGGUUUGACCUCUCCUUUUGCACAUUUCAGCCACAUGCAGGUUGUCAAGUGGCGCAUGGACCGCCUGGCUUUUGAGAUGUGCCAACGGAACCAAUGGGAAUUCAUCGAUGGCUUUUCCUUGUACUCAGCGGCCAUGCUGCGUCCGCGCUGGUUCGAUCAUCUGGGGAAAGUGGGUGACCUUCACACGCACUCGUUCUGUUGUCCCAAGGGAAGUCUGGCAGAAAUUGAGGAGCUGCGGAAAUCAUCGGAUCCACUUCCAUACCGUCUAGCAUUUCAAGGUGGUGCUGGAUAUCUUUCCAGGAUGUUGGUGCAGCUGGUGUUCAAUCAAAUCUGUCAUCCUCCGGUGAAGGCAACAAUGUCAAUCCUCGAUACAAGGAAACCGCUGACAGAGGGACAUUGGGCCACCACAACAGAGCCGAGGUUGACGACGGAUGGUGGCUCCACGCUGCCUGUGGGUGAGGCACAAAAUUCUGACACGGAGGGCUGCGAUUUGAAGCAAAUCUCCAGUGCCAAUGUCAGCAAAUUUGUUGAAGUUGGGAUGAGACCCAGCGAAGUGAAAGCUGGGUGGCUUCAGUUUGGAAUGUUGCGAAGUUGUUGUGGAGAAGAUCGGUGUCAAACGACUGGAGGCGACGUUUUCUUGGCAUAUUUGGAUGGGCAGCAAGCACCCAAAGCUCUCAUGCAGCCUUCGGUGCAUGAUUUUGGAAACGGUUCCUAUGCGUUACUUCUGCCCAAAGAUACGAUGCUGCCCACUGGCACUUACAAGCUGAGUAUCUACUUGCACCAAGCCUUGAAUCGUUCUGCCUACCGAAGUUUGGCUGGAAAAACUGCUUGGCCGGUUGCCGAUAUUUUUGCUGGGCAAGACAUCUUGGAUUCCUUCGAUGUCCACGAAUCAAGCUCCAAUGAAUCUGGAGAUUUACGUGCUGUUUAUGUGCAUUUGAAGGCCACAACCUCUGUGCCAACUUGGGAUGUGCACUGGCAGUGGCCGGGGGGACACCUGGAGGCCUGGAAAUCCGCCCUGUCACAGCUGCGCGUUUGUCGUCCUCAAUCUGCCGCAUCGCGCCGCGUGGGGGGCUUCUGGUUACGUCUCGGGAAACAUGUACCGUGUGAAGGUGUUGGCCAGCAGGGCUGUGGAGCGUUCAGUCUGUUGUCGCCUGAUAGAGUUUUUCAUCAUAUCUACAUGGAGCGAGACUGCUACUACAUCCUACGAGACGAUCGCAACAUUCAGAAGUGCCUGGGCGAUGACACGAAGGUCCUGCUGCUGGGAGAUUCCACCACCCACGGACUGUUGCAGGAAGCGCUGACCAUGUGGAGUGAAGUGAAGCCCUACAUCAACGGCCUCAACAAGAGCGAAGGUUGCAGCUUCAAACCCACCUGGGUGCCGCGCAAGCGCAAGAAGAUUUCGCUCUGGAGCAGCCAAGUCUGUAGCCAUCGAGGAGAGACUCUCCUGAACGAUGUGGUUCUGGAUGGUCGCGCGGCCGUGUCCUCACCCGCACAACUUUUUCGAACACCUCAGUGUCAAGGUCUGGCGAACUUGGCCGAUAGCACUAUUUCAUCGCGCUUUGCAAAGCUCCUCCAACCCUACGACAUUUUGGUGCUGCAUUCCUGUUCGCACGACCUCUGCAAUUACAACUACGCAAAGCCCAGGCUAUUGGAGCAGUACCGCCAGAAUUUGCGCCGCUUGUCCAAGAUCCUUCGGAAGUACGCGCCGGAGAAGCGGAUCAUUUGGCUCUCCUGUCCUGCGCAGAGCGGCUUGAACUCCACCUGGAUGUUUACCCUGACGCAGGUCUUCAAAUGGCGGAUGGAUCGGAUCGCCUUCGAGAUGUGCAAGGCGAACGGUUGGGAAUUCAUCGAUGGCUUCUCCUUGUACUCUGCAGCGCUGCUGCGUGAACGCUGGUUUGAUCACCGUGGGCUGGCAGGUGAUGUGCAUACCCAUUCACAUUGCUGCCCAAGAGGAAAUCCCAAUGAACUCGAAGCACUCCGAGGACGAUUUGAUCAGCUGCCGUAUCGUUUAGCUCUUCAAGGUGGUGCUGGCUAUCUCUCCAGAGUCUUGGUGCAAGUGAUCUUCAACCAAAUCUGCAGUCCUCCAAGUUCCACCAGCCCUGUCCUGACGCUGCAAUCGAAAACUUCGCCUGAAAGCCGUGCUGUUCUCCCCUUACCGAAGUCAGAACUGCCUAUGGAAAAUCACUGGAUCUCGGAGAAAGUUGCUGAGAACACUUGUCAUCCCAACGAAUUGUCCAGUGCCAAUGUCAGCAAGUUUGUUGAAGUUGGGAUGAGACCCAGCGAAGUGAAAGCUGGGUGGCUUCAGUUUGGAAUGUUGCGAAGUUGUUGUGGAGAAGAUCGGUGUCAAACGACUGGAGGCGACGUUUUCUUGGCAUAUUUGGAUGGGCAGCAAGCACCCAAAGCUCUCAUGCAGCCUUCGGUGCAUGAUUUUGGAAACGGUUCCUAUGCGUUACUUCUGCCCGAAGAUACGAUGCUGCCCACUGGCACUUACAAGCUGAGCAUCUACUUGCACCAAGCCCUGAAUCGUUCUGCCUACCGAAAGUUGGCUGGAAAAACUGCUGCUUGGCCAGUUGCGGAUGUGUUCGGCAGACAAAAUGUUUUGGAUCCCUUCGAUCUACAAGCUUCAAGCGCGGAUUUGCGAGCCAUUUACGUACAUCUGAAGGCAACAACUGCGGUGCCCACUUCGGAUGUGCAUUGGCAGUGGCCCGGGGGCAACCUGACCCUGUGGAAAUCCGCCUUGUCGCAACUGCCAAGUUGUCAUCAGUCCUCCACAGCUUCCAAACGUGAGGGUGGCUUCUGGCUGGAAAUGGAGCAACAUGUCGGCGUAGCUUGCUCAGGUGUUGGAAAGAAAGGCUGUGGGGCGUUUCAGCUUCUCUCUCCAGACGCAGCGUUUCAUCACUUGUACCUGGAAAGCGAUUGCUAUUAUUCCAUGCGAGAUGCACAGGAGAUACAGAAUUGCUUGGGAAAGAUGGGAAAGCCGAGGGCGACAGUGCUGUUGCUCGGAGAUUCCACUACUCAGGGACUCUUGCAGGAAGCCUUGGGCAUGUGGAGCGAGGUGAAACCUUUCAAGAAUCCCUGGAACAAGAGCGAUGUCUGCAGCUACAGUGAAAGCUACAGCUCUCAGAAGAAGCGAGUGGUCGGCCUUUGGAGCAGCAAGUUUUGUGACACUUUCGGCGAGGCCGAGGCGGCCGAAACAAGCAGCGUGGUGAGGCUCGGCGGCCGAGGAGCGGUGGCGAUGCCGUUGCAGCAUCUGCGGAAACCCAAAUGUCGCGGCUUGGGCAAUUUGGCGGAUGGCUCGGUGGUCCACGACUUGAUUGAACAGAUUCAAAAGUUCGAUGUGCUGGUGCUGCAUAGCUGCGACCAUGACCUUUGCAUCGAAGAUGGCAUCAGCAAACCCAGGGUGCUGCAGCAUUACUGGCACAACCUGCAGCACCUCGCUAAGCUGUUGCGCAAACAUGCUGCGGGCAAACGCAUCCUUUGGCUGUCCUGCGCUGCUCAAGGCAAUUUGAUGUCGACCUGGAAAGUGACGCAAGCACAGGUCUUGAAGUGGCGAUUGGACCGCUUAGCUUUCGAGACGUGCAGACAGAAUGGCUGGGAAUUCAUCGAUGGCUUCUCCUUGAUCUCCGCUGCGUUGCUGAAAAACCGCUGGUUCGACCAUCGGGGAAUUGCUGGCAAUCUGCACACCCACACGCAUUGUUGUCCUAGGGGAAGUGCUGCGGAGCUUGAAUUCCUUCGGCAACAAGAGGACCAGCUGCCCUACAAAUUGGCCUACCAGGGUGGUGUUGGAUACCUCUCCAAGAUGCUGGUGCAAGUGAUCUUCAACCAGAUUUGUACAGUUUCAGCCUGAGAAUUGGAUGUAGUGAUGCCUUAGAAGGCCCAAAACCUGCAGGAGGUGCGCUGGCAAAGACCAGCCAAAGGUUGUCACCCCUACAGAUGAGCUGUCAACGUGCCAAUUGCGGUGGAAGACUGGAUCGCGCCAAAAUGGCUGAGAGAGACAGUGGAAGCUUAACAAAUAAAAGAUCUUAGUUUCCAAUCUUCUGCACUCACAGGGCUUUAGUUUCCACAUUUGGCA